CACCGUAGAUUUUUCCUCGCUGCUGGCGUGACAUAUUUAGACCGUUUUUGCAUGGUGAGCUGGCCGUUGAGCCGAAGCCACCCCUUAUGUGACCGUAGGGCGUCAGCACAAGCACAAGAAAACAGCACAGCCUCACUAAUAGUUGCUCCUUUUCCGCUAUAAUAGGGUAAAACCCUCAUACAAGCAGAGCAUAGACCCUUCUGCAAUUGCACCAGCAUUGCCGUGGGUUGAAGCUCUGUAUUAACGAUGGCAUUGAUCGGCGGCUUAUGUAGAAAAAAUUCGCUGAUAAAUCGGUUGUUUUUGCGAAAGUACACAUCAUCUGUUGCCUAUGAUUACGAUCGGUGGGAGUUAGCGUAUCCUUUGUCAGCUCUGACGGCGGCGCAAGCGGACGGUCACAUGGUCAGCAGGGGAGUGCAGUGGGUUUUCAUUGGCAGCCCUGGCGUGGAGAAGAGCGCUUACGCCAGCAAACUUGCUGAAUUACUGAAUGUGCCACACAUUUCCAUGGGGAAUUUGGUUAGAGAAGAGCUGAGAGUACAAUCAUCGCUGUCAAAGCAGCUUUCAGCUGCUGUAAGCCAAGGGAAACUCCUUCCAGAUAAUAUCAUCUUUAAACUGCUAUCCAAACGAUGGGAACUUGGAGACAGGCUUGGAGAAACAGGAUUUAUUUUAGAUGGAUUUCCACGGACAAGGAUGCAAGCGGAGAUCUUGGAUCGUGUGGCAGACAUUGACAUGGCUAUCAACUUCAAGUGCAAAGAGGAGGCCAACCUAAUCAAGAGGUGUUUAGGAAGGAGAACAUGUUCACACUGUGGUAGGACUUUCCAUGUGGCAAAUACUGAUUCCAAGGUUACAAACGUAGGGUUCAAAAUUCACAUGCCACCUGCGCAAUCAUUUUGUACUUGUUUAGGAAAGCUUGUCACCGGUGCAAGUGAUGCUGAAGAGAUUCUUAAGGAAAAGCUCCGUAUUUACUCAGAGCAGAGCAAAGCACUUGAAGCUCAUUACUGCAAUCAAAAAAAGCUGCUAAAUUUUGAGGUUCCCGGAGGCAAGCAGGAAACAUGGACAGGACUUCUAGCGGCAUUGGAUCUUAAGGAUGUCGAUAAGACUUCCCAGCAGUUAACUUGCUAAGAAUUUGCAACAAGUCUACAAAAAUGAGAGAAUUUUCUUUUUAGAUUAGUGUUGAUCAAGUCAAGUUUUGUAGAGUUUUAUAUCUCCUUUUCCAUAUUUUUAUUUUUGGGUCUAGUCUUUGGUUCUCCACUAAUGGGGAUUGUCAUGCUUCUAGUUGGAACCUAUAGGAAUUUUACAUUGGCUUUAUUACAUGCAUGAUUGGACUAAGUGUAACGGAUGCUAGACUUUCUCAUUAAGUGGGAGCAAGUGUAACGUAUGUUAGAUUUUCUCAUAUUCCAAAAUGCACUGUAUAUAGAGAAGCCUCGUUAGUUUAAUGCCGGGCAAUGAUAGUGAAAGGCCUAACUAGUUCCAAUCCUAAUGGGAGUACUGGUUUUAUUUGAUCGUUUAACAAUUUUUUCAAGUUCUAA